GAACGGAAAGUACAGCUGCCGUUGGCAGUGCACGUGAUGCAAGCUUUUUCCAGUUGUAGUGGCUAAGAGCGGGACACCACUCUUUUGCGCCCCCUUUAUUUUUUGUAUGUGUGCUUAGCAUUUGUCUUCCAUCCAGAAAAAGCUUAUUCUCUCACAGGUUUACAGUAGAUACAACAGGUGUGUGUGCAUUGGAUCAUUUAGUCCUCAUAAUGGACGCUGACGUUUUGAAGAUGGAGGAAAUGAUAAUGGGAGAAGAAGAGGCUGCUGCCCCUGCUGAAAUUGUCCCUGUUAAGACAGAGGACACGUACACAACCAUCAUCAUUCAACAACCUCAAACAGUUCCUAUCCUUCAGUCAUACCAGCAUGAAAGCCUGCAGUGUUUCCAGUGUUUUAUCACUUUCUGCAACUCAAAAGCAAAGGAAAGGCACAUGAAGAAGAGUCAUCGGGAAGAGUACAAACAACAACUUCAGCAGUGCGACACACUGUUCACCUGCUAUGUAUGUGACCGUACCUUCCCAUCCUCUGAGGAGCUGACACAGCAUCAGUCGACCCACAACAAGGAGGACAAGCCCUUCAAAUGUGUACACUGCAAAGAAAGCUUCCGCUUAUUCUCAGAGCUGACAACUCAUCGACGGCAGGUAUGUCCUGAACGCCAGUUUGCGUGCAAAGAAUGCAACGAGACAUUUCGAAGUCCUGGACUUUUGCGUAAUCAUCGUCUGGCCCAGCACCCUGUGCACCUGGAAGAAGAGGAUGCAGAGGAUCCUUCCAAGACCUAUCGAUGUGGCAAAUGUGGUACGGGUUUUGAAGAAGAGGCGGAGCUUCUGCAACAUCAGGAGAACCACGCAGGUAACCGUAACUGCAACGGUGCCCCUGUCAAACGUCGAGGGAGACCACCUAAAGCUGAGGCUACAGCUGCUGGAGAAAAGAAACCGAAGCUAAAGAAUGAGGAUGAGGCAGAAGAGCCAGAGGAGUCCAACCAUUCAGAAGAGACUUCUGCAACUUCAGCUGAAUCAAAGGAAAAGACGGGAGGGCGAAGAGGGCGCCCAUCUAAAUGUGCCCAGGAACCCAAGGCUAAAGAUGACCACGCAGAAAAUGACGAAAAGAAACCCAAGGCUGUUCCAGAGCCACCUCGACAGAUCCCUUGCACUGAAUGUGACCUCACUUUCCCCGGUCUGGCACAGCUUCGGGCACAUAAGAAAGAAAAGCACACACAGAAAAAGCCUCACCCUUGCGGAGAAUGUGAAGAGAGUUUCAAUCGACCUGAGCAGCUGACGGCCCAUAUGGCUAGAGCUCAUAGUGCUGGCCGACACACCUGUCCUACGUGUGGAAAAAGCUUUGGCAGAGAGAGUAAUCUGAAGGCUCAUCAACAGACCCACGGUAAAGAAGAAAGCCCGGCUGCUGGUGGAAAGAGAUAAUUUAGUAUAGGAAAAUUUCGGAGGUGUAUGUAGAAGAAGGAUUUAAGAUUUUUUUUAAAUGGUUAUGUAUAAAAGUCAGGGUUAGAAUUUGCUUUAGUUUUAAAAAAUUGCAUCGCACAGUAGUAUUGUUCAAAUGUGUGAGGCUACGAUUCAACGCUGUAUGAGUGUGUUAUAUGAAACUGGAAAACCAGUCUUGGCUGCCUCUUUUAUUAUGACAUCUGUACAUAGCUUUGGCAUGGUAAGCAAAAGGGAUUUUUCCUAAAUUCAAAUAUCUAGGAUAACCACGUUGUAGCUAAUACCAUCAACUGAAUCCCGAGAAAAGCCUUUAUAUAUAUUGUUAAAGGCUUUACAUUGUCAUUUCCUUUCUUUAUGAAAAAUUUUAACUUACUGUAAGGCGUGUUAUUGUUUUACAUUAAUUUUUAGAAGUGUGUACAAUGGGUGAGAAAUGUACUUAAUGAUUGUUAUCUCAUGACUAAAUUUGAUUUCAAAUGUUUAAUUUUCUACAGUAGCAUUCAGUUUGAAAUUAUAUUUGACUUCACUGUUCACAAUUUCAUUCUCCAAGGUCAAAGAUUUUAAAUGUUUGAAUAAUUGUUGAAAAUGUUUUAAAUGUCUUUUGAUUUUCUUACUUUGAUUUUAUUUAUUUCCAUUCAUAGUGCAGUCAAAAAUGAAUAUGAAGUUUGUUUUUAUUCAAAGUUAAUGUGGAAUUUUAGCUACAGGCAAGAAUACCACUGUAAUAACUAAUCAGAGUUUUUGUCUUUUGUAAUUUCUAGAUACGACUUUGGUGCAUUGCUGAAUUUACUUUUGAAUAUAUAAAAUAUUUCAUUUGAAUUAA